AUGCCUGUACCUACAGCACUAAGUAAUUGGGAUGUGGAAGUUAUUCAACCAUCAUCGAUAACGAAAACGAUCAAUCCAUCAACCUCUCAACCAGCUAAUGUUCAAUUGAACAUGAAUAGUUUGCCAUCAAUUGCUUCCAGCAGUGCAGCAAGUGGAGGAUUUACGAUACUGAAAAUGGUUAUGAUUCUCAUUUCGGUGAUAAUUGUUGUAGUUGUUGUGGCUAUAGCGAUUGUCGUGCCUACUAUUUUAUUGGGCAAUACUGUUAAAUCAAACACAACAACAACCGCAUCAAUAGUAGCCAAUGGAACAACAGCAUCAACUACUACAGUGGCAGCAACUGCAGCAGGAGCAACCGCAGCAGCAGCAGCAACUGUAGGAGCAACUGCAGCAGCAGUAACUGUAGGAGCAACUGUAGGAGCAACUGCAGCAGCAACUGUAGGAGCUACAGCAGCAGCAACAGCGGCACCAGCAACAGCAGCAGCUACAGCGGCACCAGCAACAGCAGCAGCUACAGCGGUACCAGCAACAGCAGCAGCUACAGCAGCACCAGCACCAGCAACAACUGAAGCAGCUACAGCGGCACCAGCAACAACUGAAGCAGCCACAACUGUAGCAGCGCCGACAACAGGCAAUAAUAGUAUGUACUGGAAUACAACCGCUUCAUCGCGUGCAGGUACUGGUACAUCAGGCCCAGGUUUGAAUCAGUUAAAUUCGUCAACUGGAAUAUUCUUUGAUUCAAGUGAUAAUUUAUAUGUUGCUGAUAGUGGUAAUUAUCGUGUAUUGAAAUAUGCACCAGGUGUUACCAUUGGUACUGUCAUAGCUGGUACGACGAAUGUAUCAGGCACUACCUUGGAUUUAUUUUCUACAGGUAUUCGUUAUAUUUUUGUUGACUCGAGUCAAAACCUCUACGUCGCUGAUACUUAUAACAAUCGUGUGAUGCUUUGGCCAAAUGGCGCUUCCACCGGUACGAUAGUAGCUGGGAAUGCCACUUUUGGAACUUCGUUCAAUCAAAUAUAUAAUCCAUAUGGCAUAUGGGUAGAUUCGAGUUCGAAUGUAUACGUAGCAGAGUAUCAAAAUCAGCGUGUAACUAAAUGGGCUUCAGGUGCAACAACAGGUAUUCUCCUUGCUGGUAAUACAAGCUCAGCAGGUAAUAUAACAAGCAAAUUAGCAUCACCGGCCGGUCUAGUAUAUGAUGCACUAAAUCAAGAUUUAUAUAUUGCCAAUUCUGCUACCAGCACUUCAACAGUAUUGAAAUGGCACAUUGGUGAUCACAAUGCUACGGUCGUAGCAGGUACUCCUGGAAGUCCAGGAAACAGCUCAACUCAAUUAAGUUCUCCAAUGGGAAUAGCGCUAGAUCCAUGGAAUAAUUUAUAUGUGGCUGAUCGCUCAAAUAAUCGCGUCCAAUUGUUCUGCAAUGGCAAUACAACAGGUAUUACCAUUGCAGGAAAUGGUGCUGGUGGUACUACUUUGUCUGCUCCAUAUGAUGUUAAACUGGAUUCAAAACUUAAUUUAUAUGUCAGUCUAAAUAGUGGAGCUCGUGUACGAAAAUUUAAUAAACUCUAA